AUGCACGUUUCUCUUGACAACCUCAGGCCCUCGGCGGCCGAAGACCAGGGACCGGCGCUCUGGACCACCGUCACCACAUUCACAGUACUGGCGCAGGUCGCCGUCGUCGGGAGGCUGUGUGCGCGGCGUCUUAAGGGGGUAUCAUUGGCCGCCGACGACUACCUCAUCUGUCUCGCCCAGGUCCAGUCUUGGACACUUUUUGGCUUGUUCGUCGGGUUACGGCAACAUGGACUCGGCAAGCACCGUUCUACCGUGCCUGUGCCUUUCCUCACCACGUUUUACCGCUUCCUCUACUACUACCAGAUCGUGUACUCGAUAACACCACCGACCAUCAAGCUGUCUCUGGUAUUCCUCUAUGCACGGCUCUUCCCGUCGCCCCGCUUCCGCACCUUGCUAUGGCUCACGGGCGUGAUCGUCGCCGUCUGGGGCGUUGCGUCCAUGUUUAUCAGCGUUUUCGCCUGCGACCCUAUCGAGGCAUUCUGGACACGCCAAGGGAAAUGCAUGAGGCUGAGAACAUUUGGGAUUGCCUAUUCCAUUAUCAACAUCAUCACAGACUUCGCGGUGUGGCUGAUGCCGAUACCCGCCAUGUGGAGGGUACAGCUGCCGCUGGGCCAGAAAAUUGCCCUGAGCGUCAUAUUUUUACUCGGACUUUUUGACUGCGGCGCAGCCCUCGGCCGUCCUCUGUCCAUGCUGGCCCACCAGAAUCAGGACUACACCUGGGAAUUUUCGAACGGCGUGAAAUGGGCCAUCAUCGAGAUAUGCAUCGGUAUCAUCUGCACAUGCCUGCCGGCCAUGCGCACCCUCUUGAGCUUCGCUUGGGCGUGCAGGUUCGGCAGGACCUACUCGCACGAUCACACAGGCAUGAGUCGCCACUCGAGGACUGUGCGCAGCGCGACGCGGCCAAAUACCAGCGACUGCAACAAUCCCGCAACCCAUACCCGGGGGUAUAGGGGCUCAGAUGACUAUCCGUCAUGCGAUGACGGCGGGGAUGACGGCCACAGCACGGGGGACGAGCGGUGCUUGACGACUGACUGGAAAAAAACACGGGUCUCGAGCGAUGGUGGCGUCGAGCUUGGGUCAAUAAAGAAGGAAGAAGCUACAUAG